AUGUGUCAAUUAACAGAGCUAGGAGUUGGCUCAGGAGCAAGUACCACCUUAAAUGGGAUGUGGGGGAGGAGCUGCUACAGAAAAGUCUUUAUGAUUCUCUUGUUUUUAUGUCCAGUUACCUACUCAGUGUCUGUGCAGGUGAAUACCAAGGCUGUCCUCUCCUGCUUUCCUUGCCCAGAAAAGGAUCUUAUAAUGAUAACGUGGGAAAUACAUCUCAGAAACAAAACUGCCUGUAUCACAGCUCACAGAGAAGACAAGAAGGAAACCAAGGAAACAAACUGUUCUGAUGAAGGAGUGAACUGGGAAUCCAGCCCUGAGUGGAGUCGCAACCCAGUGACCACUGAGAAUGAUGGAUAUUAUAAAUGUAUUUUUGUAACACCUGGUGGCAAUUUCCAAACUGUCUAUCACCUCAGUGUGUUAGUGCCUCCUGUAGUAACCCUGUCUGAGGAAGGGAAUGGAACUGUUGUGUGCAAGGCUGUUGCUGGGAAGCCGGCUGCCCAGAUCUCUUGGGUCCCAGAGGGAGACUGCUUCACUAUGAAUGAAACUCACAAUGACAGAACAGUGACUGUGAAAAGCAUUUGUACCUUGGAUGACUUCAAUGAGUCUGAUCUCACCUGCUUCAUUUCCCAUUUGACUGGAAACGAGAGUCUGUCCAUAGAACUUCAAUCCCAUAGGGCUGGGGAGUCACGAAUUGCAUUGAUUCUUGGGAUUGUGGAAUUUUCCAUUUUGGGUGGCAUUCUGAGCCUUGGAGAAUGUCUUCUCUUUAGGAAGAUCAAUGGCAGCAGGUAUUGCAACAGCUGCCUCCGUCACAAACUCUGUGCCCAGCCUCUUCAACUACAGGAUGAAGAUGAUGGACAGAGGUCCUGGGGACCAUCUACAGCUACUGCCACUGCUGUGGGCAAAAUUGUCACAGCCAUGUUGUGGGGGCAAGCUAAAAUGUUCCGAAGCUACCCUGGGCAGACAGAGACUGCAGCUAUCAGUGUUUGCUGA